CCUAAUAUUAAAGGAUAAUCUAGACUGAUAACAAAGAUUACGGGGUUAUUGGACUGUGUCACCGCACAGAUAACCGGUUACCUAGUUUGUCGUUAUAUUAGGUCACAUUUUGUGUAGACAUACUCUCUGUGACAACAUGGAUAUAUCCUCACUAGAUGCAAAAUUCCAGGAGUUGAUAAAAGCUGCAGUUGAUGUGAAGAAUAAUGCAUAUUGUCCGUACAGUAAUUUCCGAGUUGGGGCUUCAGUUCUAUGUACGGACGGUUCCAUUUACGCUGGCUGUAAUGUAGAGAAUGCGUCAUAUGGUUUGUGCGUCUGUGCGGAGAGGAACGCCGUCAUGAAAGCGGUGUCCGAGGGGAAGAUGAAUUUUGUAGCGGCAGCUGUCUCGUGUGACAUUAAAGGCGACUUUAAAGGUCCGUGUGGAGUCUGUAGACAAGUAUUUGCUGAGUUUAACUUGGACUUGGAUCUUUAUCUAACCAAGCCAGACAUGACGUACAAGAAAGUAGUUCUCAGGGAACUUUUACCCAUGGCUUUUACCCCUAAGAGUUUAGAAGAGGAAAGAAUUUAGAAAAAUUAAACAUUUACAAAGACAGACCGUCCAAUAAGGAGUGCUAGGUGGUUAAAUGAUACAUUAAAACGUGUUUUAAUUUCUUUUAUUAUAUAUGACACGUGAUAUAUAAUCGGGGAUUUAGAUGGGUGAAGAAAGAAAUAUAGGAGCUUACAACCCGUUGUUUUUCUCUCCUUGAACUUGUUUAAUCUCUUGAAUUUAGAAAAUAAUAAAAUAUAAAAACAUA